CUGCGGGCCGGGCCGUGGUUCUCAAGACACCCAACUUCUAAAGUUGGGGAGGCGGGGGCGGGGGUCCGGGCUGCGGGGAGGAGGGACCCUGCUCGCUCAGCCUCCCAGUUGCAGGAGGGGGGCGGCCCCUGGGAUCCAUUCCCCUACAUUUGAUUAAAGGCCUGCGUUCAGGAGACUUGGGGGGACUAGGGAGCGAGGGGGCCAGAUCUAAGCCAAUUUUGAUUUGGACUAUAAUGAGUCUCGGGCCUAAGGCUGGGGGGCAGGCCUCUGGAACUUUAAAUAAGAAAACGUUUUUAAUGCUGUAAUAGAAGGGGGAAGUCGAAGGGUUGGGAUUGCGUAGAUCUAAGCCCCCCUUUUCGGAGGCAGCUUUUCUUAUUCAAAACAGCGCCACAAUGGGCUUCACAUCGAGCCGGGCCACAUCCCCAUCUGACUAGCAGCCAUUCAUCAGGCUGGCCGGCCUAUCAAUGACAUUUCUCCCAUCAGGACUCCUAUAAAAUGAUGCUUUUUCCCAUGAACAUCCGCAAACAUUUUGACGGGUUUGGCUUUGCCCUGCUGGAUUACUAAGUGUCCCCUCUCUCUCUUUUGCUUUCUCUCUCCCCACUCUUUCCCUCCCUCCCUUCCUCUCUUUCUCUCCACUUUCUUUCUCUCCUUCCCUCUUUUCUUUUAUAUUUCUUUCCGUCCUUUUUUUCUUUUUUUUUCUCCUUUUUCCUUUUUCUCUCCCUCCCUCCCCCCUCCCCCUUUUACAACUCUCAGACAGGGGAUCUCCAAACCUCAGGACUUUUUUGGGGGGCUUCGGUACUGUCCAUGGGAAGAGCAUGCAUUGUGGGUUACUGGAGGAACCUGACAUGGAUUCUACAGAGAGCUGGAUUGAAAGAUGUCUCAAUGAAAGUGAAAAUAAACGCUAUUCCAGCCACACUUCUCUGGGGAAUGUUUCUAAUGAUGAAAAUGAGGAAAAAGAAAAUAACCGAGCGUCCAAACCCCAUUCAACACCUGCCACCCUUCAGUGGCUGGAAGAGAAUUAUGAGAUUGCAGAAGGCGUCUGCAUUCCAAGGAGUGCACUCUACAUGCAUUAUUUGGAUUUCUGUGAGAAAAAUGACACACAACCUGUUAAUGCUGCCAGCUUCGGAAAGAUCAUAAGGCAGCAGUUCCCACAGCUAACCACCAGGAGACUUGGAACUCGGGGCCAAUCGAAGUACCAUUACUAUGGCAUCGCUGUGAAAGAAAGCUCUCAGUAUUACGACGUAAUGUAUUCCAAAAAAGGCGCUGCUUGGGUCAGUGAGUCUGGGAAGAAAGAAGUGAGCAAGCAGACAGUGGCGUACUCCCCCCGGUCCAAGCUGGGUACCUUACUGCCCGAGUUCCCCAAUGUGAAAGACCUGAACCUGCCAGCCAGUCUGCCAGAGGAGAAGGUUUCCACCUUUAUUAUGAUGUACAGAACCCACUGUCAGAGGAUAUUGGACACAGUAAUAAGAGCCAACUUUGAUGAGGUUCAAAGUUUUCUUCUGCACUUUUGGCAAGGAAUGCCGCCCCACAUGCUGCCCGUGCUCGGCUCCUCCACGGUGGUCAACAUCGUGGGAGUUUGUGACUCGAUACUGUAUAAAGCGAUUUCUGGAGUGCUGAUGCCCACCGUUUUGCAGGCGCUACCGGACAGCUUGACUCAGGUCAUCCGAAAGUUUGCCAAACAGCUCGACGAGUGGCUUAAGGUCGCCCUUCAUGACCUUCCGGAGAAUCUGCGAAACAUCAAGUUUGAAUUGUCAAGAAGGUUUUCCCAAAUUCUGAGACGGCAAACAUCACUAAACCAUCUUUGCCAGGCAUCAAGAACUGUGAUCCACAGUGCAGACAUUACUUUCCAAAUGCUAGAGGAUUGGAGAAAUGUGGACCUGAGCAGCAUCACCAAGCAGACCCUGUAUACGAUGGAGGAUUCUCGGGAGGCACAUAGGAAGCUCAUCAUACAGUUGUAUCAAGAAUUUGACCAUCUCCUAGAGGAGCAGUCGCCCAUUGAAUCGUACAUUGAGUGGUUGGACACCAUGGUGGACCGGUGCGUUGUAAAGGUAGCUGCCAAGAGACCAGGUUCCUUGAAAAAAGUCGCCCAGCAGUUCCUUCUGAUGUGGUCCUGCUUCGGCACCCGAGUGAUCCGAGACAUGACUUUGCAUAGUGCCCCCAGCUUCGGGUCUUUUCACCUCAUACACCUGAUGUUUGAUGACUAUGUGCUGUAUUUGCUGGAGUCGCUCCACUGUCAGGAGAGAGCCAAUGAGCUCAUGAGGGCCAUGAAGGGGGAAGGAAGCACUGCAGAGGUCAGAGAAGAGAUCCUGUUGGCAGAGCCCACCCCGCCGACUCCAUCACCCGUGCCCUCCUUCUCGCCAGCCAAGUCCACCACGUCAGUAGAGGUGCCUCCUCCCUCCUCGCCUGUCAGCAACCCAUCCCCGGAGUACACUGGACUCACCACAACAGCAGGAGCAAUGCAGUCCUACACCUGGUCCCUUACCUACACAGUGACAACAGCUGCCGGUUCACCUGCUGAAAGCUCCCAACAGCUGCCCUGUAUGAGAAACACUCACGUGCCUUCUUCCUCCGUCACCCAUCGGAUACCAGUUUAUCCCCACAGAGAGGAACAUGGCUACACAGGGAGUUACAAUUAUGGAACCUAUAGCAACCAGCAUCCCCACCCAAUGCAGAGUCAGUACCCAUCCCUACCACAUGACACGGCCAUCUCCGGGCCUCUCCAUUAUUCUCCAUACCACAGGGGCUCCUCACAGUACCCUUUCAACAGCCCCACCUCCCGGAUGGAGCCUUGUUUGAUGAGCAGUGCUCCUAGACUACACCCCACGCCGGUCACUCCUCGAUGGCCAGAAGUACCCUCUGCCAACACAUGCUACCCAAGCCCGCCCGUGCACUCCACAAGAUACGGAAGCUCUAGUGACAUGUACACCCCCCUGACCACCCGCAGGAAUUCCGAGUAUGAGCACAUGCAACACUUUCCUGGUUUUGCCUAUAUCAACGGAGAAGCUUCAACAGGCUGGGCAAAAUGAAAAUGACUGGUAUAGUAUGAACCCAUAUUUAAUAUUAAUAAUAAUAAUUAAUAAUAAUAAUUAAAACUCCAACAACCAACACCAGAAGACUUGAUCUCUUCACCUUUUAGAACUCAUGGGACUAUACCUAGAUGUCUGCUUUCCUAAUAAACCUGAAGCUGGGUUAGAACUGUUGAUGAGUAAAUCUUAGUUCAGAAACAGGACUCACUAAACUCCAGCAUGGCAGGAGUAGGCUCCUGUAGGGCAGCCAGCUUGGACUAUUUCUAUAGAGCACUGUCUUCAGGAAGUUAAUCCCUGCCUUCUCCCUCUGUCCCAAGACUGUGUCUUGCGUGGUACCUAGCCCAAUAAAGCCACUCCCUUCCAUGUGGACAACAAACACUCUUUAGUCUUGAGAGAUGGAUGCUGGAGACGGAAUGGAGUCUUCUUUUAUUUGGCGGAUGCUCAGUUCCCUGAGAAGAGAAGCCUCUAUAUUCAUCCUUCAUUUUACUUAUCUAGUGAGCACUUGAGAGACAGGUGUUCUGCAGAGUCCCGUGAUGUCCUCCCUUCUGCUGCACCUGGAUGGAACUGCAUGAUUUGGAACCUUUGUAUUCUCCUAAACACCAUUAUUUGUAAUAGCACCUGCAUUAUCUUUCAUUGUAAGCAUUGUCUUAUUUGUGGGGGAAUGGGAUGGGGAGGGGAGGGUUUGCACACGGCAGAAAGAGAAGAUGGAGAGAGAGAGAGAAAG